AUGGCUAAUACUACCCACUGCGCGCAUUCCUUCAAAAUGAUCAAGUCGGACAGCACACUGAUCCAGUGGACCUGCCACAUCUGCCACUCGGGACCCCACUGGUGGAUCUUUGAAUGCCGGUACUGCAAGAUCAACACGUGUCGUCCCUGCAUAGAAAAUGCCUAA